AUGUGGAUUAUAUCAUUCUGGGUUUUCCCGGUCGUUUCGGCUUCCAUGUGGCUAGCCAUGUUAAUAGCCAUGAUUGCCGUAUGGGCCAGGGAAGGCGAACCCGUUUACUCAAACAUGAGCGAAGGACAAACUAUAGCAUACAUCUCCGAUGUAGGCGCUGAAGGGCUUAAGCCAUUGUUCAUCACUGGCAGUGUCAUCACAGUUGUAUUCCUCGAUCUUGCCUUUCUUUCAGAGCGAUGGCUUCGACAUGCUGGCCAGCUCCUUCCUAACAAAGGCAUCCUCGACAAAGCCUGCGCCUGCCUGUCCAUCUUCUUCUCAAUCGCUGGUGCACUGGGUCUGAUUCUGCUGUCCUGCUUCGACACACGCCAUUACCCUCGCCUACACGAUGGCUUCCUGAUCAUGUUCAUGGCCGCCUACCUUAUCAGCGCAAUUUUCAUUUGCGCCGAGUACCUCCGCAUUGGAAUCUUCUACCGCGCCCAACACCGCUGCCUUCUAGUCAGCUUCUGGAUCAAGGUCGCCUUCAUUAUAAUCGAGAUUGCCCUAGCCAUUGGAUUUGCAGUCUGCAUGAAGCGCGCCGAGAAGAGGAACGCCAGUGCCAUUCUUGAAUGGGUCAUUGCCUUUGUCUUCACAGGCUAUAUCCUAUCUUUCGUCGUUGAUCUGCUGCCGUCUGUUCGGACCCGGAGACACCUUCCUCAGGGUGAGAAGCGCGGCAUGGAUGAUUACAUUGAACCCCAUCACACUUCUCUUGAACAGCCUCUAACCCACGACUCGACUGGUCCCAAUUUCUACCGGGGUUCUCGCGUUUAA